AUGAUUGUGGUGCUGCGAUACAACUGGAACGUGGGUCCUAAUGACACCAGGAGCAUAGAAAGUAGUAAUGAAGACGAAACAGUGUCCGAAAUUACCACAUGUGUAAAAUUGGAGAGUAUCUACAUCAGCGAAAGAUGUUAUUGGAUAGUUGAUGGUAAACAUGAUUUCAAAGAAUCCCACAGACUAUGCCAGGUAGACGACGGGAUAUUAGCAGAGGUUCCUGAUGACAGUGUACAGGAAGCCGUGAACAAACAGUGGUUAAGUAUCCUCGAGAGUUACUGGAUAGGGGUACACGACAUGUACUCAGAGUACAGCUUCGUGAACAUGUUAAAUGAAACCAUUACCUACGCGAAGUGGGGAAGAUACCAACCAAACAACAUACAUGGGCAACACACCAAUGCAGAUUGUGUGUUGGAUGAGAUGGAUUUCGGAUGGAUUGAUACGGUGUGCUCGUUCGAGUAUCCAGCAAUAUGUUCCAAAAGGGUCACGUGUAAAUUUAACAGAAACCUCAAUUUAAGAGAUAUUCAAUAA